AUGUCACGAACUCCCAGCGAUGCCCAACCGAAGGCUGAAGAGCCGGUGCCAGCAACCUCAGCAACCUCAGCAGCGCAGCAGAGCGACAAUAUUGCGCAUGCGCUGGCUGGUGCUGGCGGUGGCUUACUGGCCAUGACCUUGACCUACCCUCUCAUCACCAUCUCUACAAGAGCGCAGGUCGAAUCGAAACGAGCACACUCUACCACUCUUGAUGCAGUUCGUUCUAUUAUUCGCCGAGAAGGCAUCCAGGGACUUUACGCAGGGUUGGACUCAGCACUAUUCGGAAUCAGCGUCACAAACUUCGUCUACUACUACUGGUACGAAUGGACGAGGGCAGGGUUUGAAAAGGCCGCCAUCACAGCUGGUCGGGCGUCGAAAAAUCUUACCACAGUGGAGAGUAUGAUCGCAGGCGCUCUUGCAGGAAGUGCAACGGUUCUGAUCACCAAUCCCAUCUGGGUGGUCAACACGAGGAUGACCGCUAGAAAAAACCAAUCAGAUGAGCAGGCAUUGCCAGGCGGUGAAAGCAAGCCUAAAAGAUCGCCAACCACCCUGGGCACGCUGCUCAGUCUGAUCAGAGACGAAGGCCCAAAGGCGCUGUUCGCGGGAGUUUUGCCAGCUUUGAUACUGGUCAUCAAUCCUAUAUUACAAUACACCAUUUUCGAGCAGCUGAAGAAUUUGCUUGAGAAACGAAGAAAGGUCACUGCGAAAGAUGCCUUUGUGUUGGGUGCCAUUGGAAAACUAAUGGCAACGAGCAUUACAUAUCCCUAUAUCACCGUGAAGAGCCGCGCCCACGUGGCGACGAAGGAUGCCCCACGAGAGGGCAUGAUUCAGAGCCUGAGGAAGAUUGUCAAGAACGAGGGCUGGAUGGGUCUCUACGCUGGUGUUGGACCGAAAGUUAGCCAGAGCGUUCUGACAGCUGCCUUCCUCUUUGCCUUUAAGGAUGUGCUAUAUGAUAUGACAGUUGCGGCGAGAAGGAGAACUAGGGCUAUCAAGAUAUGA